AUGGCCGCUCUUCUCUCCUACCUUCCCCCCUUCGAGGGUCUGCUGCCCAAAUGGCUCUUCUUGGUCUCCGUCGUCUCCGCCGCAAACAGCAUCCAAGCCUACCGAUCGGAGUCCUAUGCCGCAGAUCUCUACAACGGAAAAACUGCUGAAGGUCGCCCGCACACCAACCCCCUCUCUUCUCGGACUUUCGGCACAUGGACUUUCCUUUCCUCCGUAGUCCGCAUUUACGCCGCCUACAACCUCAACAACCCGGCUGUCUAUGAUCUCGCGCUCUGGACUUUUGGCAUUGCCCUGGCACACUUUGUCGGCGAGUGGUUGGGCUUCGGUAGUGCGCAGCUUAAGGGUCGUUUCGUUAGCCCUUUGAUUGUUGCUUCGUCCACGCUGGCUUGGAUGUUGACGCAGAGGGAGGCGUAUCUGGCUGCUUAG